UGCCCCUUACUCUUAGGUGGACUUUUUAUUCAAGCUACAAUCCAUUACAUGCUUUAAUACUUGUAAAACGAGUACUGAUAUUUAUGACAAAAUAAUUACAGUUUCAGUUUUUCAUUUAGAUGUUCAUCCAUGCGUCGAAACAAUAACAGCCGGAUUUACAUAUAUAUCAAGUUUCGCAAGUUUGUUUAACUUGUGAAUAUAAAUUAGUUUUCGCUUAUUUAGACCUUAACUAUUUCUUUUCGAUAAUUAUAUAAUUCCGUCUGCUUGGUCAAUUGUGAGAAUGCGACCAUAGUAUCAUCUGUUUCAAACUAAAGGUCAGUUUACGGAGUUUACGGCGUUUAUCACUUUCUUUAAAUGCACAUAUCAGCGGAAUGGCGGCAACCAAGCGUGUAGGUGUCGCAGACAGACCUCGUUUCAAAUUCUGUGGCGCUUGUUGACCUGUAGUUGUCGCUUGUUUCCAUUUUAAAGCGAUUUUUGUCUAAGGAACUCGGCUGUAUCCGUGGAUCACUGACCGACCGAAUGGCACUGAUUGCAAUUGACUUAAUCGUCCUUGUCCAAUUUUCCCGAAAACACACUAAUAUCUUGAAUUUCUCCAUCCUUGAUCAACAGUGUUGUUUAAAUCUUUCCGAAUGGGAUACCUUUCGUGCUCCCCAGGAAAUAAUAAAAAGAUGAUAGCAACUGCCAAACCAAAUAAAACAAGAGAUAAGGUAAUACGUUUUAUCCAGCGGAAGGAUAAGCAACCCAUGGCUGGCUAAACAAAGAUAGCUGUCUGAAUAUGAAUUAUUUAUCAACAUAACAAUUUUUCUUUUGUCGCGACACAUGUUAAUAUUGACAAGUUUUAAAGCGGACAAAAAAGUUUUCUCAGGAGGGGUAAAAUCGACUACAUCCACACCACCAGCCCGAGAAACAAAUACCAGACAAGUAUAUAUAUAUAAUAUAAAAAUAAAAUUUUUGCUGUUUUGUUUUGUUUAUUGUAAACAACUAUAUUUCAUAAACAUACAAUGUUAUUGCCAGAGAAUCCUCCAGAUUGAUACCAUAGCUCCCUGUGUUGAUAUAGACUCAGUCACGUGCUAAAUGUCUUGUUAAGAACACAGCACAAGGGCGAUGAGUAUGCUGAUCUCCGCUGGACAUCUCCGAACUGCAGCGCGCAAACUAACAGAUAAGACCCGGCGUGCCUCCUGACACCCAGAUCAGAAUUGUUAUAAAUUACAAAACUGCCUGGUGAAGUUGCUUCAUAACGCAAGAGCAAAGUGAAAAAAACAUGAGCGACACACGCACCCUAGUUAAAGAUUUACUAUACGACGAGUUUGAGCUGUCCCACUUCGCUGCUGCGACAGAGCCGCACGCUUGGACGCGCAACACUGGAAACGAGGAUAAAUGUUGCGCAAGGACUGAAAACUAAUCGGCUUCCAAGAUGGCGGUCAGAACUUCAAAGACGAAGGACCGGGAGAUGGACGAAACAUUGGAUUUUUUAUCUCUAACGUUCGACCCAUUAAAGGCUCUUUACGCCACAGGCCUUCAGCCACCUGUACCCAACAUUCAGAUUUUCAAUAACGUCGCAGAAUAUGCACUUGCAAUCAAGGAGGGUAAGACGAGGUCCACUGAAGUCGUGAAGCCCGGAAGCACUGCGGACUCAUCACGACAUUCUGUCUCCAGAACAAAGAACCUAAAACCAGAAUAUAGACCACUUCAGAAAGAGGAUUUGCAAGAAAGGCUCAGAGCUAUCGCCGAGUCUAAAACGGGUAACACAGAGGACACAAAAUUGGAGAAAAAGAGUGAUGUCAGAAUGGAUGACACAAAACUACAGGAAUUUAUUUUGGCCGAGGAAGCCUUCAAAGCAGAACAGAAAAGAAAGAAACGGAUGGAUGUGAUACAGAGGAUGGAUGCUCUUGCGGAAGGACCAUUCAGUAUCCUUUACACCUGUCUCACUGAGAGACAGAGAGUAAAGGUAUGGACUAGAAGAUACAAAGGACUGCGCAGCGUCUUGGCUGGAUACCUUGUUGCCUUUGACAAGCACAUGAAUCUGGCCCUAUUUGAUGUCGAUGAAGUCUACACUUUAGAAGAACGAAUUGAACAACAAGAGAUAAAAGAUGAGUCUCUAGAAACAAAGAAAAAGAAGAAGAAAAAGAAAAAGACAAUGUCACCAGUUGAAAAUAAAACUUCAGGUGAAACCAUUGACAACACAAUUGCUGAAAAAAAAAAUUCUUUAUUAGUGCCGUCUAAUGAAGUCUUAAAUACUCCAUCAAAGAAAACAUAUGAAGAAAGAAUUGCUAAUGUGAAAACCGACAGCAAAGAACUCCAUGCAGUGUCUGCUUCUGAAUCUGAUUCCCAGUUUAACACAGAGUUCCUCCCAUCUAGUGAUGUUACGCCACAGUUUUUACAUUGCACUGUACUUAGGGACUGUAACAAUUUUGGAGGCAAUUCUGAAGGUUAUUCCGUUUGUGACCAUUCUAUGGACACUAGAGAUGACGAGUCAUCAAUGCCAUCAGCAAAGGCUCUUAGCGUCGCUUUACAAACUGCAAUCCUUCCUUUUGUUCAUGCUGAAGGUUCACCUCUCACAGAGGACAAAACGAACGCCGCCGGUAAAUGCAAUCCUGAACAACACGAAGAUACAGGAGAUUCAAAUGUAAACAAUGGGUUAGUGUUGGAUGAUUCUGAUUCUCGAACUAUGGAAGCUGAAUCCUUGGAUCUGAUCGGUACAAGUACGUCUGGUCAUAGUAAAGGUAUUAGAGAGACUAAUGCUUCAGUAGCCGACGUUGUCUUAUUGGACGAGGAAGUGACCACCCAAACUCAACAGUGCGACUUUGAAGAGAAAAACGAGCCUGGAGCUAUUAAUAGAAAUACACUCUUACGUCAAACGGACGGUGAAAAUAAUGAUAUUAUACAUGCAGUUAGAAACUCUAAGGAUUUGGGUGUCUCUCCAUCUAUCACCAAAGAACAACAUUUUGUUUUUUCUGUCGAUGCUCAUGAAAGUGACUUCGCAGUGUUAGAAGACGGUUGCAUAUCUGUUGACACGAACAAUGCAGUUAACACAAUAUUAGAACAUAAAACGGCCGAGUUGUCAAAGGACGUUAAGCAGAACAGUGUUAUUUCUGUAGAUGGCAGUCGAUUGGUAAAUGAAAAUAAUGACAUUAGACACAAGGACCAACAAAAGCGGUUGCGAAAUGGCAGAGAACACAAUGAACAGAAUGAACGUUUUGCUGGAACUAACAACGAUUCGCCUUUGACAGAACUCGAGUGUUUUGAAUUAGGAGAAAGUGAAAGUUGCCCAAAUGACCAGUUUCAGAACAAUGAUGAAUACGUGCCAUGUUCAAAGGAGGUUGAUAAAGGAGUCUGUGAUACGUCAUUAAGCGGCGAGGAAGUAAUUCAGGGUGUGUCAAGUUUGUUUGACGGUGAAGCCGUCUUUUUCAAGUCCAACAAAAGCUUUGGAAUAAAGUGUGCAACCGACGAAGAGGAGAAAUAUGAAGGGUCGAGCCAUAUAAAGGUCAAAAGUGAAUGCAAUGUGAAUGAUGUAGAGCCGAGUGGAAAUCUAGCACUUCACGUGUUUAGCAUGAUGCAGUUACAAAGUGAAAGGAUGAAGAGUGCUGUUGACACGGAAGCAGGAAGUAUGGAUGUACCCAAAUCCGUAAUAAAAGACACAUCUGCAAUGAACAUGUCAACUCAACUUGAAACUGUUUCUCACUUGGAACUGAAAACUGUUGAACCGCUAAAAGCUCAAGAUGAAAAUUACGAUCGACCAAGAAACGAUUGUGAAGAUACUGAAACUUUGGAAAUAUUCCAGGGUGUAACACCUGAAGGUACUAAAUUAGGAGAAUGUGAACUUUCAAGCUCCCCAAAGGUUGAUAAAGGUCUGGCUGAUACAACUAGCUCAUUUAAUUUACAAGGCAAUCAAGUGAGAGAAAUUCUCCAGCAAUAUGAAACGUGUCCAACGCUUUGCGCCAAUGUAGAAGCUACAUGUAGCAAGACAUUUGAGAUGCACAUUCAAUCUUUCUCGUCCUCGUCUUCUAUGGAGCUUCAAACUGAUUCACUGAGUAACUCGUUUAUUUCAAAUUUGCAAGACUGCCGUCUCUGGCCAAAUGAAGGGACAAAUGAUACUCCUAUGGCUUUAGAUGUUGCACUAGAAAGUUAUAGUACUUUAACUGGAGUGAGCGAUGAUGCCGAUAUCAGCCAAGGUUUGAGCGAACAUGGAGUUGUUGGAACUCAACAAAUAUCCUUAAACUCAUCGCCGAGUAACCAUGAAGUUCUGUCCGAAGAGGGGAAACGUUUACAUCUUACAUGUUCUACCGUAGAACACUCCGUCUUUGUUUCUGGGAAACACCUGGAAGACUCGGACAGUCUAUUGAGGGAGAAUAGAGCAGUAUCAAGUGAUAAGCAAUGCUCCGCUUUGGAGCUCAAUUCAGAUAACGUACUUUCAAAGGAUGAGGAGGCCAGUCUCAAUACACACGUUCCCGCGAGUAAUCGUGAAGAAAACGAAUGUCGACAAGCCGUCAGUAAAGAGUUUGGGCAUAACGACGAACAACUGGAGGAAUUGCCAGAAAAACAACAAACAAGGACAUUGGACACCGAUCAAAAUGCAACACAUCUGAGCGAAACAGACGUUUCACGUGAAUAUUCUGCUCAAAACAAAGACGGCAAACGUGAUGAUGGCGAACUCAUUAAAUCACAGGAGAGUCAGUGCUCGAGUUAUUCGCCUCAUAAAGGCAGUGCUGAAACCUUUGCGUCUGCCGACAAUGAAAGAGAUUCGAACACUUCUCUUUGUGCCAUGGUAAAUCUGUUAGAAAGUGAGAACAACCUGAAAGAUGUUUCGAGAUUUACAGGCCUUAACUCUUCUUCGGAACAUUCGGCAACAAAAUUUUCUGUGAAAUCUGAGGGCAAGGACGUCUCUGAAAGGAAUGAAGCAGAGUUCACCUGUGACAAUGUGAUAACCGAAGAACAAACGAACGUUAAACCACGUGUUCCAAUGACAAACAGAAUUGAUGAAUCAAAAAGGAAGGGAGACGAUGAUAAAGAAGAAGGCGAAAUUACCUCCGAUGAAGACGACACUUCUGAGACUACAAAACAUAUGAAGAAGGAAAGAGAAGAAGGUGAACUUUCUUCAUCUGAGUCCGAUGCAGAGGCUUCACCACACGAGAAGCCUGGAGGAGCAAGUGUUCCCAGGAGUGAACUCACGCAAACUAAAAGUGUAUUCAGUAGAAAAGAAAAUGAGCUCUACCCUCCUAGGCGACAUUCUUUAAGCGAAGUACCUCACAAGGUAUCCAAGGAAAGGUCUAGAGUACCUGAAAAUUCAAGAAGUGAUAGAACAGCUUCUUUGUCUUGCUUUAAAAAGACAGAUUUACGGACAAAGCUGAUUGAAGCACGUCAGACGAGAUCGUCACUGAAAGGAAGACGUACAGGUGUCAAUGAUGAAACGAAAGGUAGUCGUCUUCGUGAAACAUCUGGAAAACGUGUUGAGAGGAAUAGCACUGUGGAAAAGCCUGUUCAAGGAAAGAGUGUGCGCGACUCAACGAAAACUGAGAAUAAAGCGAACGUUAAGAGCACUAAACUACAGCGAGCGUCUCAAGUAAAAAGAAGAGAAACACGACCGCGAAGCUCUGGGGCCUCCAAUGAAACAAAACCUGGAAGCAGCCAGCGAAGGGAUGAGACAACAGAAAGUAGCCUUAAGUUUGUAAACGAAACUAAAGGAAAGUGUGACAAUUCUCUGCAAGGAGACGAUGUUAAGGCAAAAAAAGCGAGUCCUACAACCUCAAGACAGAAGAUACACGAGGGUUGCGAUACAUCUCAGGUUAAUCCCAGCAAAACAUCUAAAGACUCGACAGUUCGUCUUGAGACUCAAGGCAAUAGAAAGACAAGAUUGUCACGCAGUGAUCAGCGUAAUAGGACAAUGGUGAAGGGAAAAGAAUCGAUGAUCAAACUCGACACUUCAGACACAGAAAAGCCACGUGAUUGUAAGGGAGGACACAGAAAAACCGCUAAAGAUUCACGCGUUGUGUCGAGGCCGAAAGUUAAAACAAAUGUGUGUCUUCAAGUCUUGGACUCGCAAAAGGCACCUUCACGUGUUAAGAAAGAAAAGAUGGAAAUUAACACAACAGCCAAGCUCUCUCUAAAUGAUCCAGAUAAACACCGAAAUGAGUCUCGCGUUGAAAGCAGUCUACGGCCUCACUCUGAUAACGAGACAACAGCAAAGAAAGAAUAUGUCCUAACCCACUUGAAAAUCGAUAACAAAGUUAACAAAGGAGGCGAGAAAACUAGUUCAGCUCUUCUCAGCUCAGACGGUAAAGUGCAAAACAAGCCUGAAAACUCUUCCAAAGCGACAGGUGAAACAAAAACAAUGGAUGGUGUAGAGAGACAUGGCCGCCACAGUGAUAAAGGUAAAACGAAACGAGUUAAGACCCCUGUGAAAGCGUCUCUACGAAUUACACCAAGAAAAGUUCUUAAAAAGUUGCCUUCCAAUGUCACUUCUAAUGCGAAAGUACAGGCUCGACAUGUUGAAAGGGAUAAGGCAGGAAAUACAAAGAAACGUUCAAGGGCUGUAGAUAUCACGGACCUGAGGCAAGCUAAGAAAUUGCGACUCGAGAAAGGAAAUGGUUGCUCUUCAAAAUUACCAGUUGAUGUUUCUACAAUUGAAAAGCCUACACCGUCCAUGAAACGUGGCGAGUAUAACAACAGACAAAAUCAGCCACCUUCCUUGAAGCUUGGACGUUCUGAACAAGAAGUAAUCUCUCCUGGGGGCGAUAAGCUCAAAACUGCAGAUCAAGAGAUAAGUAUGAAUGAUCCUGAGACAAGCUCCUACAACAAAACACUGUCAAAGACGCUUUUAAUUGGUGGCAACAAGCGUUUGAUAUUUAAACAACGUCAUGUAAACCAGUUGUUUGUCAGAGGAGACAAUGUUGUCAUGGUAGCCUACGCCAAGUGACUUGGAAAUACUCUUUCUGGUCAUGAUUUAUGCCUGUUAUGAUCUGAACCUUAUUUUUCAAGCCUCUGACUUGAAAAGCAUACUCCUCAAGACGUCAAUUCAGUUGGACCAGUUGAAAUUUAAUGAAUAAAUCAACGGUAAAACGUCGAAAUAUUUUCAUAGGUUUUUGUAGCACGCUAGAAUACAAUAUACGAGUACGUUGUGUAAUACUGAUGUACCUUUAGAUUGGUUAACGAAACCUGCAAGCGAGUACGCCUGAACUGCUGCAAAUACGAUCAGGGUUACUCAAUAAAUCAAUCAAAAUUCAUAAAAAAAUAUGAGUGCUUUGGGAAAGAGAAAAUGUGUAAAAUCAAUACAUAUAAGUAAGAACAUUGCUUGCUAUUUAUUGGCCUUAUUUAUUAUAAAUUGUGAAACGAAUUCAUGACUUGUUUUACAUUGUUCAAGAAUUAAUAAGCCAGCGCAGAUAUUCACAAAGAGCUAAAUUUCAUGCCGGCAUUGAAUAAAAAAAAAAUCAUUAAAUCUCAUAGACCCCAGUGCCCGACCUCUAAUAAAUGGUGAUUAUUGGUGAACGGCGAAAGUAUAGGCUGGUUUUCACAAGUGCACAAGCAUAAAUAAGCAUGAGCCGACAUAGGCAGCGUCCACACUACGCCGGAGAAAUUGAAAACGAAGGUUUCACUCUGAAUUUCCGUCCACAUUAGGCCACAGAAAUUCAAAAACGCAACAAUCACCGGUCAUUGUGGGUUUGUGUUUGACUCGGACAGGCAAAUAUCCUGAUUAUCGUAACCUCAUCGUUUUCGAAAAGCUUCGUUUUGAAAAUGUUUUCUGUCCACCCUAGAACGCGAA